AAAAAUAGGCUUCGAAAUCGGCAGUAGGCCGUUCCAGCUGUUCUACACAGCAUAUGAGAAAUGGAAGUCCGAUUUCAAGCCAGNCUUUUAACAGUCCAGGAUCAGCCAAGGCUACCAUGGACAUGUUCAGCACCCUCUACGAAAUGGGCUUCAGGGAGAGAGACCUUCUUGACCAGCAGCAGGUCAACAGGGUGAGCCUCAAAACGUUCAAGGAGAGUGUCAAGCCCAAGAUGGUACACAUGGUGCCACCAAACUUCAUCAAUGGGCUUGAGGCAGCCUUUGAGGCGGUUGCCAACCCAAACCCCCGGAAGAGGAAGAACAGCUGGGAUAGCCAAGAAGGAGAUGGGGACGACGGUGAACGUGAUGGCACCAAGGCUGCAUCAGGAAGUGGGACUUCACAGGGUGUGCAGCGUGCCAAGAGGUACAUCCUGGAGAAGUUGUACAAGUUCUUCGAUCCAGUCCUGAAGGACUUCAAUUCAGCAUCCAAGAUCUACUUAAAAGUGACCGAAAAGGAGAUUGAGGACUUCAUGGUUACGCUGGGUGGGCGAGACA